UCUAUAAACACCGGUAACGCUGCUCCGGUUCAUGUAAAGUCAUAUCGUUUCCCCGAGUGUCACAAAGGUGAAGUCGAGUCCCAAAUAAAAAAUAUGAUAGACCAAAAUAUCAUUCGUCCUUCCAAGUCACCUUGGAGCGCCCCAAUCUGGGUGGUGCCCAAGAAAGUAGACGCCACGGGUAAACAGAAAUGGAGGCUGGUCAUUGACUAUAGGAAACUAAAUGACGUGACAGUCACCGAAGUUUAUCCUAUCCCUUUGAUCACAGAUAUCUUGGAUCAGUUGGGCCACUCGAAAUAUUUUAGCACGUUAGACCUCGUCAGCGGCUUCCACCAAAUUAAACUAAAUUCCAAGGACGCAUCUAAAACCGGCUUCACCGUUGUGGGCAACGAAGUAUCCGGGCAUUACGAAUUCACACGAAUGCCCUUCGGAUUAAAAAAUGCACCGGCUACGUUCCAAAAACUGAUGAACACAGUGCUAUCUGGCCUUCAAGGCCUUCACUGUUAUGUCUACCUAGACGAUUGUAUCAUCUACAGCCAAAAUCUCCAAUCCCAUAUUGAUAAGCUCAAACUAAUCUUUGAUAGGUUUCGUGAAUACAAUCUCAAAUUACAGCCCGCAAAAUGCGAAUUCUUACGACGCGAAGUAGCCUAUUUAGGUCAUAUAAUUACUGAUAAAGGUGUGUGUCCUAAUCCAGAUAAAAUCAAGGCCGUCACUCAAUUUCCAACUCCUAAAAACCCGAAAGAUAUAAAAUCUUUCCUAGGCCUAGUCGGCUAUUAUAGGCGAUUCAUCGAGAACUUUUCCAAAAUAACUAAACCUUUAACUUCGCUUUUAAAAAAGGAUGUUUCUUUUAUAUGGUCAUCAGAGCAAGAAAAUGCUUUUAAUAUACUAAAACAAAAAUUAACAACGGCGCCCCUAUUACAAUAUCCAGAUUUCUCGCGACCGUUUCUGCUGACUACCGAUGCUUCUAACUACGCUGUAGGCGCCAUAUUAUCUCAAGGUGAAAUAGGCAAGGAUAAGCCUAUCGCAUACGCAUCGCGAACAUUAAACAAAGCUGAGGGCAACUACUCGACAACCGAGAAAGAACUCUUAGCCAUCCUUUUCGGUGUUAAAACGUUUCGUCCCUAUCUAUUCGGCUAUAGGUUCAAAAUCGUCACUGAUCACAAGCCCCUAGUUUGGCUAUUCAAUGUUAAAGACCCUGGCUCUAGAUUAAUACGCUGGCGCCUAAAAUUAGAAGAGUAUGAUUAUGAAAUAGUUCACAAACAGGGCAAAUUAAAUUGCAACGCAGACGCUCUGUCGCGUUUCCCAUUACAAGAUACUGACAAUUCAAAUCGCCCGGUGUGCGCUAUCGAGGAUGAGUCACCGAACUCAAAUGUUCCGAAUCUUCCAGAUUCUAACUCUCCAAGGUCGCCAUUUGAUAAUCCUUCGCCGUGCUCGUCAGAUACUUAUGAAAAAUACUUAAAACUAUCUAAACAGCCUAACUUUGGUUUUGAUACGACUAUACAAGAAUACAACGAAUCAUUGUUGAAAGCCAAAUGCAAAUUAAUUGCAUAUCCUACUUCAAUCGAUUUAGAUGAUUCUGUCCCUUAUUGCAAGGACAUUAUAGACUUAUCUACAAGUCAACCUAACGUUCGUGACAUUGAACGUGAACUUUAUACCUUAUACAGCACUUCCAAUGAUAAGCAUUUGUUCACACAUUUAUUUGUGCGCGUUCACCACUAUGAUGAAAUGUCGUAUAAGGAUAUUUACAGACUAUUAGUCGAAUAUAGAGAUAUGGUUAAAUAUUGGUAUUUAGAGGAGAAGGAAGUUGCCAUUUCAGAUUUCUCUGAUCCAUUCACUAAACUUUCUUAUACAAAAAUCUACAACAUGAUAGGCUACGUAUUCCAUGACACUGGCAUCAAAGUUAAUAUUUAUAGGAACUCUAUUCUAUUUCCUACACCUGAGGAAGUCAAAAAGAUACUCCGUGACAAUCACGAUUUACCGACGGCUGGUCAUCCUGGCGUAUCACGUAUGUUCGAAAGGAUAAAGUCCAUGUACUGGUGGAAAAAUAUGCGGCAGGACAUCGAAGAUUACGUUAAAAACUGCAAAUCCUGUCAGAUUAAUAAACCCUUACGUCAAAUUAAUCGCGCGCCUAUGAUCAUUACCUCGACCGCAACAAAACCACUCGAAAAAAUAUUCCUUGACAUUGUUGGUCCUCUUCCAGAGACCUACGAAUUUAAAUACAAAUUCAUUCUUACCAUUCAAGAUGAUCUUACAAAAUACUCGCAAGCCUAUCCCUUGUUAACUUGCUCAGCGGAUGAAACCGCUAAAAAAUUAGUUCAUUUUAUAUCUCAUCUCGGAAUUCCUAAAAUGAUCAUCACUGACCAAGGCACUAAUUUUACUUCCGAGGUCAUCAAACAGCUAACAAAAUUAUUCGGAAUAAAACACAUUCUAGCUUCGCCUUAUCACCCUCAAACUUGUGGCGCUCUAGAGAGGAGUCACGCCACCCUUAAAGAAUAUUUAAGGCCAUUUGUGAACGAAAAUGCCCAUACCUGGGACUUAUAUCUCAAUACAGCUAUGUUCUCUUACAAUUCCAAUGUUCAUUCGACUACCAAUUAUUCACCAUUCGAAUUGCUAUUUGGUUUCAAGCCGCAUAUUCCUAAAUCUAUUGAUACUCUAGAGAAUAACACUUACACGGAUUACGCACUUUGGUCCAUCAACUUCGUGUCAUCAAAUUGUCACGCCAAUAACUACGAGUCCAGGCCUAUACUUCGACAAAAUUAA